AUGCCUUCUCGGAAGUUCCCCUUGCCUCCCCAGCAGGCUGGCACGCCAGCGCCCCCGCCUGUGCGCGCGCCGCCUGACAACGUCCGACUGUACGUCCUCCUCGCCUCGACCAGGCCAGGCACGGUGGUGACGGCACGUGCGCAGGUGCCCUAUGCAUGCGCGUGCGCUCCCUUGCCCGCGUGGCACGGGCGGAACGCCGGGCGCAGGGCGCCCUCGGUGCAAAGCACCGGCGCAGCGAGCCGCCAGGGCCGGUGGCGGCUGGCGCGACGGCAGAAUCGCCCUGCUCGGCAGCCUGACACAGCCGCGAGGUGUGCGGGUGAGAAUCUGGGCCUCGCGCGAGUCUUAGGCACCCCUGCCUCCUCUUUCUCCUCCUCCGCCUCCUCCUCGCUCUUCCACUCCCCUCCGCUUAGCCGAGCGAGCGUGCAUGAUGGCCAUGAGAAGUCCUGA